CCGAGUAGAGGCAAAAUUGAUUUUGUUGUGAUGAAUAGGAAGCGAAGAUGGCUGAUGAAAGCGAGAAAAACAACCAGUCGCCGCUGAAGAGUUUAGCUAGCUUCCGAAGUGAAAUUAUGGAUAUGCAUCUACACGACCCUGGCGAAGGACCAUCAACAAAAUCGUCAACAUUAGAAAAUGUAAUGAACAGCAUUAUUGUCCAGGCAGGUGUAUUGGUGCUUGUGUUCAUUAGCAUAGUUGCCACGACAACUGAAUUAUUAGUUGAAAUCAACAUCAUCCAAGUGCGCACAGACGGGCUUGACAUAGAGGUGCUACUUGAAGCUUUAUCGGCAACUACACUUAGUAUCCUUUCUGUGUUUGUUAUUGAAGUAUUAUUAAGGGUUAUCGGAAUGGGAGCUCCAUUCUUCAAAUCAAAAUUAGAUAUAUUUGAUGCUGCUGUCGUGCUUAUAGCGUUUAUAUUGGAUUUAGUUUUUCACGUGUGCGAAGUAAAUAAAAAAUAUCCGGGUACACUUGCAGCGAGUAACCUCGUUGUUCUUAGGUGUUGGAGAUUUUAUGGCAUCAUUCAUAGUGAAUUAAUACGUGUGCGGAGGAUGGUUAGCGAGGAGAUGAACAUGGAGAGGUAUGCAAGACGGCAGGCUGAGGCGCAAGCUGACGCAUUACAAUCACAGCACGACCAACAGUUGAAAGAAAUAGCCCAACUGCGAGAUGUGUUACAUCGCAAUAGUAUCGACCCAGAUUCGAUCUGGACCAAUAGGACAAGUGCAAUGAUGAGAUCCAACGAAAGAGACAAUAAGAGCAAGGUGAAACGCGCCAAUCACAGCAGAGCUAUGUACUCAGCCAGCAGCUUCAAUUCCGAUCAAAUAUAUGCAAUACCAUCCAAAUCAAGUAGCCCAAGAGUUGUAAGUCGGGACAUAAGCUUCAGCAGUCGAGAAACAUUACCGAAAUCCACACCACUCUCACGAUUUUCACAGGUCAGUUCUACCUAUGAUGUACCCGCUGAUGCGGUGCAGCCAAACCCGGACACACCCGAGGAUGUUAAACGUUACAGCUUAACUGAAAAGUUUGCCUCUACUCUGUCCAGGAACGUUAUUCGUGAUGCUAUCUAUUCACUAACACAGACAAUGGCAUCAAUUAGUAAUGGACAAGAAGGUUACAUCAAUUUUGCAUUUGAUCAUGCAGUUGAGGAAGACUCAUCACAAAAGGGCAGUACCAUGGAAAGUAUGUCAUCUGGCACAAGUAAUAAUUGUGGUGAAACUUCAUCUUCAACGACAGUUGGAGAUAAUUUACAAACGCCUCUUGCAUUUGUAAAUCUUGCAUUUGACAGUGAUGGACAGCGGGAGAGCGCCAUUGAAUCCAGUAUGGCAUCCUCACGGUCGUUAGAGGUUUCACAGGACAGUAAUGCCUCAACAAGGCACCAAGAAUCUCUAGAGGUUCCUGGGCAUCAAUUUGAUGGGUCAGGCAGUGAACACGACAACAAGUCAGAUAUUAGUGAAAGACAUUCUUAUGAUAGUUCCAAAUCUUCUUUGCAUCUGCCAUUAUCCGCUCAGAAUUCCAGUUCAAACAGUUCAAGGUUAGAUCCGCAAGAGGAGGAACUUCUGCGACUUGAGCUUGAAGAGAUCAAGAGACUCUCAGAAGAAGCCCUCUUGCAGGAACUUGGACAAUCAGUGACUUCAGUGGAUGAGCGUGGCAUUCCAACAACAUCCCUUUGAUAAAUGAAUCAACAGUUAAAUAUUCUGCUUGCCAACUAAAGGAACGAGAUUGAAAAAGACAACAAAACAUCCUCGAGAUGGAUGAACUAACUGGCGAUUCUCCCAGUUGGAAGACGAGGAAAAAGGUCUAUAACUAGAAUUUCCGGUUGAAGAUGUUGGUAGAUCAUGGUUUAUUCCUCCAUGGUUUGAUAGAGCUUGUGGGACACCACCAUUUAAAAUAUAUCACCGUAUUUAAAUGGAAGUUACUAAUGAGAGUAUGAAAAGUACAUUUUCAAGAUUUAAACAUGACAUUAUGCCCUUAUAUUAGAUUUCUUUCACAAUUUUUGACUAAUUAACUCUUUGUUGCUCUAUUUUGUAUAAGGGUCACAAGUGUUUAAUUUGGUCAUGUUCACCUGCAAAAAUACUAAUAUAUUUUAUCAGUUAAUGCUUUCAUAACAUCAUUUCAAUUUCAUUUCAAAUUGGUUGUAACAUUUACUCAUUUUAAUCCUAUAUCAUUCAUUAUACUUAUAAUUACACCUAUCUUGAUAUUUAUUAUUAUUUAACUUGUCUAAAUAUGUUGCAAUAUUGUGUACAUACCUUCACAUUGUUCUUUCACUGCAUAUUUGUCAAACACCUUGAUCUGGUAUUAAUUGUGAUUUAUUCCAUUUUUGAAGAGAGGAGAAGAGUAUACUAUAAAUCCUAGGGACUCCGUUUUUGGUAGAGAUUGCCAGUAUUUUUAUGCAAGACAGUAACCCCCUUUGAUAACCCAAACCAUGGACCAUCCAAAUAUAUUGAGAAAACCCACCUUUACAUGCUAGAAUGCUCCAGUUCUGGACGGAAUCCCCUAACACCCAGAUUAAUUCCUCUCCUGUCUCCCUCCUCCCACCCCCUCACUUCCCACUUUCAUAAGAAACAUUUUUCCCAAUUUUGUAUUUUAAGGAAUUAGAAUACAGGGUCUCAAAUGAUAAACUUUGCUGAAUAAAUUAAAAAAGAAAAAAAAAGAGUAAAGUAGAUCCUGUGGGAGGAUGUUUUAGAUUUUUCCUUUGUUCAACUAACUUUUUACUGUUUCAACUGGUUUUUUUUAGACUGUUAUUGUUCCAAUGUACUGUGUUUUCUAAUUGAUUGUGUACUUCAAACUAAAGGAUUAAUCUCUCCAAGUGUACCAUAAUUAUGUGUGUAAUUUUAAUGUGAAUUAGAUCUGUUUCUCAACUCCUACACCCCAGUCCAAAUUGAGUUUAAAAUUGGAUGUGAAUAUAUCAGAAGUAAAAAAAUAACUGAGGAAAAUGUGUCUGAUAUAACAACUGGCCAAGUGAGCCAUCUGAUUUAAUGGUCAAAAGAAUUAAGGCAUCCCAUCUAUGUUCAACAUUCCUUUGAAACGUUGCUGCCUUAAAACAAAGCAUUUCGAUAAAACAAAACACCACAAAAGUAGGUACUGCGCUGUAAGUACAUUGCAUUUUCGAUAACUCUGACCAUUGACGCAUCUUGACAAAUCACAGCUGAAAGUGACUUGUCCAUUACUGUUUUGGUUGUGAUUGUCACAAGGUAAUAUUUUGCUUUGCUUGCUUUUUCAGUCUUCACCAAAUUGGUUUUGUUUACCCAUAAUGAAAAUGGUAGGUCCUUCUAAAUGCUGAAGUAAAUGCAUGAAAUAUUAAAGAGGAAAACACAGGGAAUUUGUGCAGUUUUUCUAUUGUUUAUAUUUUGAUGUAGUCAAAAUUAAACAUUUUGAAAUACAUAUGGAAUAUAAGAAGUUACAAAUUGUAGGUUUUUUAGGGAAGUAGGUAAUGUCUUUUUUUGAGUGCAAGAUUUUGAGAGACUUAAAAAUGGAGAUCAGUUUAAAACAGGUUGAGAAUGUAUUUGCAUGGCUUACUUGAUUAGCUUUUUAAAGUAUUCAUGUAAUAUAUAGUGUACAUAAAUGUAUAUAGUGCCAACAGUAAGUUUUAUAUAAUGUAAUAUGCCUACACAUUUAUGUAAUCCCAUUUAUAGCUUAGAGAUAGGCAAUUCUGAAAUAUUCAAUUGCCUAAAAUUGCUCUUAUGUGUGCUUGAACACCUGUUACUAGAGCAAUUUUGCAGUUUUGGAAUAAAAUAUUUUUCCUAAUAUAUAUAUGUAUAUGUACAUAUUCAUGUAAUAAUGCUUUAUAAAUAUUUUAAUUAUUGUGCUUUUUGUAUAUAGUAAUGAAAAUACUACAAUUUACUGUGUAUACAUGUUUGUUGGUUUAAUAAUCACAUUUUUAUAUAGAUUUUUUUUUGGAUACCAUGAACCACCAAGUUUGAAAAUAGAAAAUGCAUUCUUUGACAUUUUAAAAAAUAUGUGUGUAUGGUAGUGACAGGGCAGUGCUAUACUAUGAGAAGGGAAAAUAUGCUAGGGGAGUGACAUGAUUCUAUUGCAGAGGGACAAUGUGCUAAAGACUGGACGAUACACUAGGGGUGCACUAUCACCUUUGCAGUGGGGAAGUCAGUAUAACACAAGGGGAGGGAAAAAUAAUGUGCUACAGGCAGUAUGCCAUGGUGGUGCCAGUUUGCUAGGAAAAGUAAUGGUAGGGACUGCAGCAUACUAGUAGCAUAUGGGGCAGAGUGACAGUGUGCUGGGAAUAGCAAGUACUGUACACUGGGAAUAGAUAGUAUGGUAGUAGAGACCUAAAGACUAGUACAGCUUUAAAGAUUGUGAAUGGACUAACUUAAACUACAGUAAUUACAUAGAACCAAGAGGAUGACUUUCCCCUUAAAGCUCCACCCCUUGGAUAUUGUUCUAAGAUCCCACAAAAAAAAAUACUGUAAACAUACAGUACAUAAACUUGUGUGAUUGUAAAACGUGCAUGUACAGUAUUCCUGAGCCUGUAACUAGCACGUUUUAAUUGGUCAGUUGUUAAGUUUUACCAUUCGGAAUGAUCCAUUGUACUGUCUAGGUGAAUGCAGUAAGAUCAUUAUCUUACUUGAAAUGUGUAUGUUUUAGUUGUAUCAAUGCUAAUUUCACUUUAAAAUACGGCAAUGUGAAAACUGGCUGCAGGCAGCCAAUCGGAUGGUUAAAUUUCACCAAAUUUUGGACUGAAUUUUAAAAGUUUUGACAAAUAAAAUUUGAUAAAAAGCUUGAUAGAGGGGAGUAUUUAGUCUUCCAAAGAAUGCGACAAAUAUAGAGGAAUACCCACCAGUCGUUUGAAUGUUGAAGUCUAGUAUUUAUUAUGACAGAUUACCAUAUUAUGGUUUGGUAUACAAAUAAUCCAAGGUAUAAUAGCCUCGAUUUUUCUAUAAUCUGACUUGCUAUACCUUUUCAGGUUAAAUAUAGCAUUUACUUUAGCAUCACCAUUAAAUGUCAUUAUUUUGUUGGACAUAUGAAUGUAGCAUAUGAGACGCUCGUUUGUAUACAAUGAAAUUGAAGGUGGCAAUAAAUAUGAAAUUUGA